AUGAGCACAGAACAAUUCCUACUCGCGUUGCGUCGGUUUGUAGCUCGCCGGGGCACACCUUCAUUAUUGAUAAGCGACAAUGCAAAAACGUUUAAAAAGGCAAAAACGCUAAUUGGCAAACUUUUUGAAACUAGUGAAUUGCGAAAAUUUCUAACACGAAAGCGCAUCGAAUGGUCUUUUAACUUGUCAAAAGCACCAUGGUACGGAAGUAUCUACGAGCGACUUAUAAAAUCGGUUAAGCGCUGUCUCAGAAAGGUUCUUCGGAAUGCAAAGCUGACUGCAGACGAGUUAUAUACGUUUAUGGUCGAAAUAGAAGGUACUUUGAAUAAUCGUCCUCUCACGCAUCUCAGUUCAAACGAAUUUGACCAAGCAUUUACACCGUCACACUUAAUCUGCGGCCGAAAAAUCGAGUCUUUACCACACCUUGGUGAAUUAAAGUGUACUGAAAUUGAUCUUACGCGUAGUAUAUUGUCGAAACGGGAAGAAUAUAUAUCGAAGCUCUUACGCCAUUGGUGGCAAAGAUGGCGAACGGAGUAUUUAGUACAGUUACGCGAAGCCCACAAAUUAUCGUCGGAAAAUCGUGGAGAACCACUCGUUAAGGUCGGAGAUGUUGUUACGAUUUACGAAGAAAAAAUACCGCGAGGCUCUUGGAGAUUGGGAAAAAUCGAGCAUAUCAUUGAAAGUAAGGAUAAACAAAUUCGCGGAGCUACAGUUAAAGUAGUUACACCUUCUGGACACGUUUCGCUUAUAAAUCGACCUAUAAACAAGCUAUUUCCAGUUGAAAUUGCAGAUCGGGAACCGAUAGAGCUUGAGCAAAAUAAUUCAAUCGUCGAAGAGAAUAUCACUCAAAAUAUCGAACAACCAAAGAGAACCAAACGAAUUGCGGCAUUAGACGCUGACGUUAUUCGCAGACUCAGGGAUGAGCUGUAA